UUAGAAAUAUUUGGAGAGGCAAAAAAUUGUAAAAACCCCCAGCGGGAUUCGAACUCAUGACUUACAAAUUCGUAGUGAACCCUCUAACCCACUGCACUGCACUGUUACAUGACAAUAUUGGGAAAGAAACUACUUCCAUAAUUAGUAAUACACUUCAUUUUAUUUUUUAUUUCGAUAAACAAUACAUAACAACAUGGAGGUGUCCCAUACCAUAGUCCCAUACCAUAGUUCUUAAUGCAAGUAAACUAAAGGUGGGGAAAAUUAAUUAUUAAUGAUAAUCAGCAUAUUUGUUAAUAAGGUAAGUUGAGCUGUGCUGGAGUGGGUAUCUGCUAGGGUAGCUCAGUGGUAGAACACCUCAUGCAAAGGUUCCAGGUUUAAUUCCAAAUCCAUUUAUUUUUUUUAACCUGUGAUCAAUAUCUUUUUAUUUGGUCUACUGGGUCUACUGGGUCAUCGUUUAGUUGACAUUUUGCAAAUUCAAGAGCUACUAAUUGGCAUCUGAGCAAAAUGAGUACUGUAACAGUACAUGGUUAUGAUAAUGUUUAAAAAUAUAGCGGUAUCUUUGUUCCAUUGGUUUACUCUAGUAUGUUUUAUACAGGUGAUUUACGUUAAAAUUAUUAAAUGCCAUUAUGACAAUAUGUUAAUGUUUUAAAGGGUUGUAUUUGUCUCAGGUGCCCAUUAGGGUUCUCUUCACUCUUGUUUAAAUUUUUCACCAUGCUUAUAACAAGCAAAAUUUGUAUAUAAAGAUCACACAAUGACAUGCAACGUGAAUUGUGUUGGUGCAAAUAUUUGAUAUCUUCUUUUUAAAAAAAAGAUUAUUUGAAUUUUUAUUUUGUCACUUAACAUCUUUUGUAAUGAACAAGCUACUAAAUCUACUAUUACAAUAAAGCUUUUAAGUUUUAAAUUCAUCAAGUGUCACUUAAAUUAAAAUCAAACAGGGAUCCAAAUGUUCCUUCCUGAUAAGUUUUGUCACCUGUUAUGUCAUUGUGUGCCUGUUUAAUGGGUUCCUGUUCAAUUUUGACUGAGCUUACCUGAGGCCUGGCAGGUAAAAAUUGACCAUGACAUUUCCCUGCGGACUGAGAACGUGCCCAAUUGCAUAUAUGAACACCUUUCCAGGUGUCGGAAACUUACUAGUCUUUGAUAAAUUUAAAAAUAAACAAAGAUUAUGGUAUUUAAGUAACAGCAGUUAAGUUAAAUUAGCAUUGUAAUGUUGGAACUAGAAGGAAAAGAGUCUCUGAAGAAGCGUUGACUGAAUCAUAAAAAAAAAAUGUGUAGAUACACCAGGCUACCAGUUAUGGAGCGGUAUGGCCCUCACAAGUGGCCCCCUCUACCUAAGCUCAGGGUGAAUGUGCCUCCUCCCCCUGCCCCCAGGAACCUAGAAAGUCUCGCUGACGUCUGCCAAGAAAUAUUCCAGCUAGCCUCGGACAUAGCAUUGGGCCAGAAAAAAGUAGUGCUGUGUUGUUCUCUAGGUGGACAGGGAAUAUCUUUAGAUCUCUGUGGAGCCAAAGCGGCCACAGUACUUUGUGCCAUUGGCAUUGGGUUUGGAAUUGGAAGCUACCUCCUGUACAAACUCUACUGUCGCCUGUUUCCGUCGGACCCCAAGGACAGGGAACCAGUCUACACCGCAGACAAGUCCUGCCAGCGCGACCAAAGUAAUGAUGCAGAUGUUGAGGAGAAUGAGAUGGGAAACUCUGGCUCCAAUGAGACGGUGCCAGUUCGCUAUGAUGCAGUAAAUGGCGUUCAGUUUGGCAGCUGUCGCACCAGAAACCAGGCGACCAGUCCCAUACUUGUCCGACAGCGGAGGCCAACAAAACACCAGCGAUCCCACAGGAGAAGUUCCGAUGUCGACGAAACUCGUCUUCUGAAUCCUCAUGAGGACAGCUCCUCACGUGUUCAGGAGGACUCGGUAGAUAGACUAAUUCACAGUGCAUCUGACAUUAGCGCCGCAGAACCGAAUAGCGGGUCACUGAAGGGAAAUCUCAGUCUUAAGUCUUUGUAUGAAAGGAACUAUAAAUAUGGCUUCGAUGAGCAUUUCCAGUCGAGCAAGGCGCACCUGUACGAUUCUUCUGGCGACAGUUUACAGAUAGAUGUGUCUAGUUCUCAGGAUCUUUUGACUGUCAGCAGUGUUUUAUUGACUCCCCCAUCAGAUGAUGACCGAAACAAUCAAAACCAGGAAAAACUUGCAGGUGAACAAAAACCUUCUGUGAAAUUUUCAGAGAACAUUCCAGAUCUUAUUUCAAAUCUAUCUGCAACUGACUGUAAGGAUUUAAUUGGUGAUGAAAUUAAUGUCGCUGACCAGUCGGUUUGUGUUUGGCAAACUACAGACAGUUCAAACCAUACCUCACCUUUUCACUCCAGUGGAAGUGCAAAACUCUUUAGUAACUACACAACAGAUAUAUCAGGAAAUUUAAGUGUUGAUGACGACGAGAUAGAUUCCUCGCCUCUACACAGAGCCAAAUGCCCUGAUGGUCAAUUCAGACAAACACUUCUCCAAAGACUUCAUGAAAUUAACACAUCUAGUACAUCAACUUCUUUAAAUUCCUCUCCGGAUGCAUCACCUUGUAGAUAUGCAAGGAGUAACAGUUGUGAGAGACAAGAAAGUUUGUCGGGUUUAAGUGAAAAUGAAAUUUUUACAGAAUCUGCUGAAGUAGGCCAAUCAACGGGAGAAUAUUUUGAAAAGAUUGAACACGAAGUUGAUGAUAUUGUUGAUGAAUUCGCUGAUUUAACUGCAAAACUUGAUGAACUGAAACAGUUAGCAGCAAAACAUUCCAGCGAGGACGAUAUGGAGUACACGCCUAGUGAUCCGCUUGCCAAAAAGGCCUGUGAAUUUGUGGAGAAAGCUAGAGAGAAAUUUCAUCGCUCGCAAAGCGACACAUCUCUCAGCGAAAGUGCAGUUGACACUGAUGGCAUUGACCUUUCUUGGGACAGCGAAGGUCAAAGUCAGUUAAAGUCUCUGAUGAAACGCGUCAACAGUCUUCCGUCAAAAAUGGUGACUGAAUCUCAGGGAUCUUACAAUAAUGUAGAUGCCUCAGACUCUGAAGACAAAGAAAGAAAGAUUUCCACGUCAGAUGGUGCUAUUAUUUUUUUGUCUGACAAUUUCGAAGCGUGUGAUAAACUUCUGAUUGGUGACAGUGACGUUUACAGUGAUCAGAUGGAUCAGGGACAGACAACUCUAGAUGAACUGGAUACAGACAGUGCCUUUGAUAUGGAUCCAGUGGAGUUGGUUUCAUCCAGAGAAUUUUCUCCAGGAUCUCUGAAUAUCGGACCAAAGCAAGACAUUCUAGAGUACUGCAAGGCAGAAUGGCGGGGACAGACCAAAAGAGCCAGCAUCAUGCAGAAGGCGUAUCAGGAGAUUCCAAGCCUCAUCGAGUGCAGACACCUCCACCAAGUCAGGGGAGACAAUUACUGUGCAAUCAGGGGCACGCUCCUUCAGUGCUUUAUACAGAACAUUAAUGUGUUAACCAAGUGGAACAGUGCCGAGUCUGUGAUCAAUCGGUUACAGACUCUCUAUAGAAAUCCAAACUCAGGACUCUCACAGUGGACUUUUGCCCACAGACUUCCCUUUAACAAGAAGGAUAAAUUACCGACCAUGUCUGAAUGUGUUCAGUGUCUGUUUGCAAAGUUUUCUGAAUGUCAAAGUCUUUCAACCAAUGAGGAGAGGAACAGCUGGCCUGUUAACCUUUUGAACCUUGACACCAAAGUGGACCUCCAGUGUAUGGAGGCCAUCAAACUGCUGAUGUUCCUGGAGGCCCAUUCUCUGUACGAGGCCAGUCAGAAAGGGGAUGAUGUCCCUGUGUUUGUGUGGCUGCUGUUUGCCAGGGACACUUCAGAGAACCCAGAGUCUCUACUCAAGAACCACAUCAACCCUGUGGGAGAUUCAGGGGGACUGGAGCAGAUAGAGAUGAUCUUACUGGGUCACACGUUAGAAGUAACAAUCAAGGUCCUGCGACUCCAGCAGUACGGGGAGGAAGACUUUGUCACCUACUACCCUGAUGACAGGAGAGAGUCCUGGCCCCUCAUUGUCCUGAUUGCUGAGGAUGACAGGCAUUACAAUGCACCUGUUGUUUAAUAACCACACACUGUUUUUUCUUGUCUUCAAUAGAGGAACUUUAAAACAACAGGCAGAGCAACAGGCUUCCCUUUUAUUAAGUUUCCCAAACAAAGUUUGGAGACUUAUUGUGUUGUCCAGGUCUAGAGUCUUCUGUCUCCAAUGGAAGACCCUUCCAUAUUUGUACUGUUUCUUUUUUCCCUUUUAUUAUGUAGGUCUUUGGUUUGUUUUUGUUCAGUUUCUUUUUUCCAAUUAUUUUUUUUUCUUACAAAUUUUUGGCACAUGAUUUCUUGGAGAUGGUUUGGUCAAUUUUCUGGAAACUCUCAGAUUUAAUUAAUAAUGAACUGAACUUAAGGCUUAUGUAAUUUUUUAUUUUGAUGACGGCAUUUCUGUUCUUGAGAUAUCAACACUUUAGCUAUUUUUAAAGGGUUGACUUGUCCUUAGUUCUCCUAUAGUCAGUUUCAAGAUAUUUAUACAUCACAUUUGGAUGAAUAUUAAUAAAAAUACACAUAACUGUGAAAGAAGUGCAUUUUACUAAAUAAAAGGGAAAAUACCCAUGAUAACUUCAUUGACACAUCAUUUUUCACUGGGAAAAAUUGAAAGGAACAAAACCAGAUUUUUUAUGGAGAUUUAUAAUGGGAUAUGUUUACAUCUUUUCUCCAUUCUGAAGUCACUUGGAAUACCUCGCACAAUAUUUCAACGCUAUCACCCUGGUCUGUUGCAAUGCAGACUCGUUUGAACCAUGAGCUAUUUAUGAAUAUAGAGUAAUUAAGCAAAAUGUGAAUCAAGGAUAUCUUUGGACAGAGAAUAAAUGGUAAAAGAUAUCAAGAUUAAACUUUUAAAAUUGUAAAUUGGUAUGGGACACCUCCAUUUCGUGACGUACUUCCAACUAAAAUAAACGAUGAAAUCAAGCAUAAUUUUAUAACUUUUUCUUUCCAUAAAUUGCUACCUAACAGUUUAGUACAAUUGGUUAAAGUGUUAACUACAAAUCUGUAUGUGAUGAAUUCGAAUCCUGUCGGGGCUUUUAUAAUUUUUUACCUUUCCAAAAAAGUUUAAAACAUAAUUUCAAAUGAUGAAAGUAUUUUGAUUAAAAUGUACUUUAAUCCACAUUAAUUUUGACAGGUGUCCCAUACCACCGUUACAAAGAAAUUUAUAGGGAAAUGUUUAAAAAUCUUCUCAAGAACAACAGCUAAAGUUUGUGAGAUUACUAUGCAAGCAAUCUCAUAUAAUGUUGUCUUUGGGGGGGGGGCUCAAAUUUCAACACAGAAAUAUAUAUGUAUAAAAAUGAUGCUAUGAACUGUUGUUCAGAUGAGUGAUUAUUAUUGUUUAUUUUGAUUUAGUUAAAAUGCCAUGAAAAGAUUUUUUUUUAAGUGGUAUAAUUCAGUGACAUGUGAUGAGAUGAAUGUGAAAGCACCAAAUGAUGAUAUUUUAAAAAGAAAAGUCUUAAUUGGUAGAGUGCUAUUCUUGAUUUAUUGUGCUCCAUCUGAAUCUAAACAUUUUGAGCAACUGACACAUAUAGUAUUUUGAUCAUCUUAAAAGAAAAUAUAUUUAUGCAAAUCUUGAGUGCAGAAAAAAAAAUUAAAAUAUUAAAUAUUGCAUUUUCAUUGAUUUAUAUAUCUCAUUACACAGAACAUGCCAUUUUUCGUUCUUGAUGUGUCAAAUAUCAGGAUUAUUUCAUAUUUAUUUUGUGUAUCACAUUACAAUUUUUUUUGUAUCACAAGAUACAUGUAUCAUGAUUGAAACUCAUACUCAACACCAGCUAGUCAAUUACCAUACUCUAUUCACCACAUGCUGCAUAUACAUGUAUACACUGGCACUAUGGAUUGUCCUAGCAUGCCUGGUCCAGUAGUAUUUAUUGGUUAGAACAUUAUAUUUGGGUCACAAUUGGGGCUUCACUGACAUUUUGUAUUUUAUAUGCUGUUCAUCAGGUUAUCAUUUCACAGAUUUCUACCAAAUGUUCUUUCAGUUAUCAACAAAAAAAGUUCAGAUGUGUUCACUAUUUAGAAUAGUAUUCAUGUUCAUGUGUAUAUUUUAAUUGCUUUACAACAUAUGAUUCGGUUUAAAUAAUCGAAUAAUGAAGUGUUGUUAAUAUUGUACUUAGGGUGAUAUGGGACACCUCCAUAUUGUGACGUACUAUUUAUCGAAAUAAUCAAUAAAAUGAAGUUUAAUUAUAAAAGUAGGUUCUUUCCCACAGUUAGCACCUAACAACGUAGCGCUGUGGGUUAGAGGGUUCACUACGAACCUGUAAGUGAUGAGUUCGAAUCCCACUGGGCGUUUUAAAGCUUUUAUUUACCUUUUUGAAAAUUCUAAACCAGUGAAAAUAUUUUAAUUAUAGUAUACUUUGACCCACGUUAACAUUGACAUACAUGUAUGUCCCAUAUCACUUUAACCAGCAAAUCUUAAAAUUUUUCAUAGUUUGGCAAUUCUUGGCCUCUAUCUAGCUCAACUUUCUCUUCUUCAGGUUUUUCAUUGUUGGAAAUUCUUGGCCUCUUUUUAGCUCAAAUUUCUCUUCUUCUACUUUCGAUCUUUUGAACUUUCAGAAGGAGGUUAGGAUGCUAUGUAGGGUUGUAAGAGUUUGAUAUAAAAGUAAACUUGAUAUCAUAGUGACGCUUAAACAAACCACUUCGUCAACUGAGAUUUAGUUAGAUUUUUAUUAUUACAGCAAAACACUCCUAUAGUCGGGGACAGACAAUGUUGUUUCAUUAUAAGCGUAAUUUGUGACUGUGAAUGUACCCAAUUGGAUGUGUAUUCUAUUUAGUGCUUUUGGUGGAAUGCGGCUUCCGCUAAAUCAAGUGCAUCAGUAAAUGUCAUGCAUAUAUGUAUAAAAAUAGUCAUAUUCAGGAAUACUUUAACUAAAUCCUCGCCAACUUGUUCAAAAACUAAUUUCCGCAAAAUAUUGUACAUGCCAAAUGUAAUACGUUAACACGAUAUCCAUCAAGUUUAAAACAUGUAAUAAAGUCAGCGGGAAUGAAAAUCAUUGUGCUGUAAUCAUCAAUUCAUUAUAAACGUGUUCGCUAUAACCGUGUUGUACUGUAUCUUGGUACAAGUGGUUUCUUGCAGUUUGACACUUUCUAUUACUUUAGUGUUUUAAGAAUUUGUGAUAUAAUUCUUGAAAAAAACUUUCCAUUUUUUUUAUGUUAUGGAAAACAUUGUCUUCAAACUGUUUUACCUUAUAUUCCUGUUGGCUUAUAUAUAG